AUGCCUCACGCUGCCCCUUCGCGCGUUGCGCCCACCGCAACAUCCGACCUCGAAGCCGGCGCGGUCCUCAAACUCGGCGAGUUCCAGAACGAAGUCACGCUCAAUCUCUCCGAAGCGCGCAUCAUCCUGCAAAAGACUCUCGCGACCCGGGCGGCUCGAGGCGGUGGCUACGAGGAGACCGAGGUCACUGCAAAGACACGCGACUACUUGGAGAUCUUUGCGGUGUUUAAAGAUCUGGCCGAGGCGCAACAGGUGGAAGGAAUCAUCAAUUCGUACGGUGAAAACUUGGAGCGAUUUGAAAAGUCUCAGUUGGGUAGCUUGGUGCCGACUUGCUCGGAUGAAGCAAAGGCGCUGAUUCCAAGCUUGGAGAAGAAGGUCGAAGAUGGCGUCGUAUCAGAGGAGGAGUUGGAGGGUAUCUGUAGGGAACUGCAGCGGUUGAAGAGACAGGCUCAGCUUUGA